CUUUAGGAAGUGAUUUCACUUGGCCAAUUCCUAGGGUGACAGUAGAAGUGAGUCAAGUUUUUGGCGUCGUUGCCGGGGACGGCUAGGUUGUUGAAAAAAUGUGAUUUCUGUUAAUUUAGCUUUUCUUUUUGCUUUGAUUACUUUGUCCCACUUGUGCCUUCACGGGUUUGCUUGCUUGAGUGUGUGCAGGUAGUGCAUGACCCGUAGCCAGUCCGGAGGUUUACUGAGGUUUACUGUGUGCAGGUAGUGCAUGACCCCCAGCUUCCCUUCCCCACUCGCCUACACAAAGACAAGCUGGAGACUGAGUUUGCCAAUUUUAUGGCAAUGUUGAAGCAGCUCAACAGCAGCAUACCGUUCGUGGAGGCACUGUCGAAGAUGCCCAAGUAUGCCAAGUUCAUGAAAGACCUCCUCACCGACAAGAAGAAACUUGGGGAUCUUUCGACAGUGAUGCUCAGUGAGGAGUGUUCUGCUAUCCUGCAGAACAAGCUGCCCGAGAAGCGAAAAGACCCAGGGAGUUUUACUAUCCCUCUUACUAUUGGCAGCAUGCAUGUAGGCAAGUCCUUGGCGGACCUAGGCGCUAGAAUAAACGUCAUGCCAUAUAAGUUGUAUAAAAAGCUAGACCUAGGUGAACUUAGCCCUACUAGGAUGAGCAUUCAGCUAGCUGAUCGUUCCAUUGUGCAUCCUAGGGGAAUCAUAGAGGAUCUGCUUGUCAGUGUCGGUGCAUUCACAUAUCCUGUUGAUUUUGUUAUUCUUGAUAUACAUGAGGAUGUGGAUGUGCCAUUGAUUCUGGGGAGACCAUUUCUUGCCACCGCCAAGGCACUUAUUGAUGUGCAUGAUGGUAAACUGAUCCUGCGUGCUGGGAAUGAACAGGCUACUUUUUCUAUGACUGAAUUUGAUCACUGUGCUAUGAUUGCUGUCACGCCUGUACAUGCCAUUUCUGAUCAGGUACACGAGCCUGUCGUGUAUCCUUCUGCACCUCUUAUUUUGCAGGACCCUCCUAUCAUUCCUUCGCCGCCACUCCAUCCAGCCUCGCCUCCGAACAAAAAGCUCAAGGAGGAGUGGCGGCCGAAGCAGCAGGUUGCUAAGCCUGCACGGAAGAAGAGUGGAGACCACUAUGAGCUGGUCCCACCUCCUGCCCCACGACCACCCUGGCCGUCCGGGUACUCACUCGCCUGCAUCUUGCCGGAUGGCCAGGUUGAGCUGACCGAUGAUGGUGGUCGCAUCCGUCGGGUGCAUGGCCACAACCUGAAGCUGUACCUCAAGAGCGACGUGGAUCCGCUCUUGGAGGCACCUGUUCCUGCACCUCCCUGAGUAUCCACCAUGGGCUUCCAGCUAAAAGACGGUAAAGAAGCGCUUGUGGGGAGGCAACCCCACCACGGUUUGACUUUCUUUCUUGUGUUUGAGUCGGAUUGUAAACCGGUUUGGUUUUGGUUUGUUUUCUUUUGUUUUGGAUGAUGUAUUAUUGGGCUGACCAUUGGACCUAACAUAUUGUGCUUGAGCUCUUUGGUUUCCUUUGGCUGUGCUUGUCUUGACUGGUCCUCUCUCCAGUCCGCUUCACUCCGAAUGGUCCGCUUCCAGUCUCCUGCAGUCCGUGCAUACCGGUAACAUCGUUCCCCUUUUCCAUCCCUCUUCUCCAUUGAGGGCAAUGUCGAUCUUAAGUGUGGGGGGAUGUUUAUUUUGACUGCAUUAGAUCUGUUUGUGUGCUUGGAGCCUAGUCCACUGUCCAAAAUUUUAAAUUUGAGGGUUCCAAGUACGCUUUUCCGUGCAAUUGCCUGCUCAGUAUGCUUUGAAUUGACAGUCUUUAUAGUAAUAUGCAACCUAGGGAGGUAGUGUAGCACUAUGGAGGAUGUUGAUGCAUUUAAGAAGUCUCAUUUCUUCUUCAUAUUGUGUUGGUUGAUUGAGUGAAUUACUGAUCUUAGGACCCUUGAAUUGUGAGGUGUUGUGGACUCUCUACCUGUCAUGGACUCUUGUUUCAUGUUUUGAGUUUAAUAGGUGCUCGAAAAUGUGCUUCAAAAUAACGUCUCCCGUGCGAAUAGGGCGAAAGUGUGUAAGGGGAGACGGGAAUUCGUUCCCAAUUUCCACCUACUACCUCCAGCCCCCUUACAUGUCUUUCCCCCGCACGAGGCUCGAGACAUCCGCUCCUGGCAUGGCCGGUAAGAGCAGGUUGGGACCCUUGAAAGAAAAAAAAAGAAAAGAAAAUAAUAGAAAACAAGCAAAACAGAAAGAAAAGGGGUUCCAACCAUCUUCAAGAAGAAAAUAGAGCACCUUGAAAAAUGUGAGUCCAUGAUCCUUUGUUUUUGAGAAUCUCUUCAUCCACAAUUCAUUUGUCCUCUGUUGACUAUUCGCCAUGAUGCCGACUCGAUACUAGUGCUCUCGCCGAAGGAGCUAUGAGAUGACUUGUGCGUCGGUUGACCUCGUAAGUUGCUAAAUGAUCUAGGAAGUCCUCUACCUACGAUCUGGGUUGUUUGUUGCUAUAGAGGUCUGGAGAGUUGCAUUGGUUUGACUUAGGUUUGGUUGAGGACAAGCAAACGGUUAAGUGUGGGGGAAUUUGAUAACGAUGUAAUUGCACGUAUUUGCGCCCCUAGUUCUUAUCCGUUUGAGGGGCAGAGUCGUGUAUUUUUGGCCUAGUUUACGCCGGGUUGUGCUAUUUUGUCAUAUUUCAGGUCCCAGGCGUCAAAGGAAAGGCUAAGCACGAGUUUCGGGGCAUUCGGAAGUCAUUUCGUCGAGCUGGAGCCAAAACACGGGCACACCUAAAACAGAACACGACCGUGUUCAGUUGCCGUGCUUUUACUGCCGAGAGCAAAUUCGAGUUUGGCAAACAUUGGCUAAAAACACGGGCAGGGCUUACCCAAAGCACGGCCGUGUCCUCUCCAAAGCACGGCCGUGUUUCUCCCAACAGGUGGCCAUGUAAUUAACCCUAGCCAAAGCACGGGCGGGCUGAGGCAUUACACGGCCAUGCCCUCGACCGUGCUUUGGCCACUGAUGCCUUUUUAAGCAGAUUUUCAGCCAAAGAGAAAGGGAUUCGAGUUUUAGAGAGACAGAGCGAUUCCUAGAGAGAGAAAGCGACGAACAAGAGUCUCCAAGUACCCUAGCUUGAUCUUCAUCACCAUUGGAGGCCAGUUUGAGCUUGGAGAAGUGCCGAUAAACGUCUAGAAGCAGG